GGGAAGCCUGGCUUUUGGUGAGACGGUCUUCCCCUGCCCUCAGCCAGGCCCGAACUCCAUGCUUCUGUGGUUGCUGCUGCUGAUCCUGGCUCCCGGACAACAUCCAGCAGGAGCACUUCCAAAAGCUUUACUUCUCCUCAAACCUCCAUGGUCCACCGCCUUCAAAGGAGAGACAGUGACUCUCAUCUGUAAGGAUCACCAUCCUCUAGCCCAGGAAUCCAUAUCUUGGUAUCACAAUGGGCGUCACUUGGAAAACCAAUCUGAAAAAAUCAAAAUAAAAACAUCUGGAUAUUACAGUUGCAAGACCCAAAGAUCUUCCCUCAGCAACCCCGUGCAUGUGCAGUUUUUAACUGACUGGCUGAUCCUCCAGGCUUCACACCCUGUCUUUGAAGGAGAUCCAGUAGUUCUGAGAUGCCGAGGGAAAAAGGAAGAAGAAAUUAUGGAAAAAUCUUACUACAAAAAUAAAAAAAUAAUUCGAAGUCAUUAUAACUCAAACAUCACAGUAUAUCCACCCUUGGAUGAUGAUAGCACAUAUCAUUGUACUGCUUCUAGGGAAUCUUUUUGGAAUCUGUGGAUAGAAACUUCAAAUCCUUUAAAGAUCCAAGUUCAAGAGCUGUUUCCGAGUCCUGUGCUGACAGCCAGCCCCUCCCAGCCCAUUGAGGGGAGCCCUAUGACCCUGAAAUGUGAGACCUGGCUCCCUCCACAGAGGACACACAUUAGGCUUCAGUUUUGUUUCUUCAAAGAAAAUCAGCUUCUGGGGUUGGGCUGGAGCAACUCCCCGGAGUUCCAUAUCCCCACCAUGUGGAGUGAAGACUCUGUGGCCUACUGGUGCUUAGCAAGAACAACGACUUCCAGGAUCAUGAAAACAAGCCCAAGAUCCCAGAUACAUGUUCAAAGGAUUCCUGUGUCUGAUGUGAAUCUAGAGACUGAGCCCCCUGUGGGCCAGCUGAUUGAAGGAGAAGAUCUGGUCCUUAUCUGCUCAGCAGCUGAGGGAACAGGGACUGUCAUGUUCUCCUGGCACCGGGAGGGCUUGGAAAGGAGUUUGGGCAGGAAGACCCGGCGCGCCCUGUCUGCCGAGCUGCGGAUAGCCUCCAUGAGGGAGCAGAAUGCCGGGAGGUACUACUGUGCGGCCGACAACAUGGACGGCCCCAUCCUCAGUAAACGGAUCAGAAUCACGCUGAGAAUUCCAGUGUCCCGCCCCGUCCUAACUGUCAGGAUGCCCUGGGCCCAGGCCGUGGAGGGGCACGUGGUGGAGCUUCUCUGUGAGGCCCAGAGGGGCUCUCCUCCAAUUCUGUACCGGUUUUACCAUGAGGGGGACGCCCUGGGGAACAGCUUGGCCCCCUCUGGAGGAGGAGCAUCAUUCAACCUCUCUCUGACCGCAAAACAUUCUGGAAACUACUCCUGUGAGGCCAACAACAGCCUAGGAGUUCAGCGCAGUGAGGUGGUGUCACUCAGCGUCAUGGUUCCAGUGUCUCGCCCUGUCUUCACCCUCAACCCUGCUGUGGCCCAGAUCAUGGUGGGAGAUGUGUUAGAACUUCGCUGCGAGGUCCAGAGGGGUUCUCCCCCAAUCUUAUACUGGUUUUAUCAUGAGGAUGUCAUCCUGGGGAACACCUCAGCCCCCUUUGGAGGAGGAGCAUCUUUUAACCUCUCUCUGACCACAGAACAUUCUGGAAACUACUCCUGUGGGGCUGACAAUGGCCUGGGGGCCCAGCGCAGUGAGGCGGUGUCACUCAACGUCACAGGGCUUUCCAUGAACAAGGUAACCCAUAUCACUGUGGGAGUCUUCGGGUGGUUGCUAAGCAUGCUUGGCCUAGCUGCUACUGCUGCUCUGGUUGGUCGCUUCAGGUCCCAAAGGAAAUCAGGAGGAGCUGCUGCCCCUGGGGCACACAGGAGCAAUCCCAAUGAGCAUCAGAAGUCUUCCUGGUCCGGACCCUCCCGAACAGGCCCCCAGUGGCCCACCCACUCUGAGCCGUCAUCCCUAAUGGAGCUGCAGCCCGUGUACAGCAACGUGAGUCCUGGCGAUGACAACCUGGUUUAUUCCAAGAUUCAGAGUGGCCAGCACAGAGAAAGAUGUCCAGCACAUUCAGCAAGGACACAGCAGAAGGCUGAGGAACCUGUAGUCAUCUACUCCGAGGUGAAGAAGGCACACCCAGAUGGCCCUGCAGGGGAGAACCAGGAGGCUGCUGAAGACGGCUAUGAGAAUGUCCCAUGCAUGUCGUUGGCUUUGGUCUACUAGCCCCAUACCCUGAGCGGCCAACAGAUACUUUCUCCUCAUUCUCUGCAGCCACUCACCUUCCAUCUGGGAGGUUGGAUGAGAGGUCCAUCCCACUCCUGCAUUUCUGAGUUUGGGUGUCAUAUGGGAACAGAAUGAGCACCAUUUCAGUAAAUGCUGCACGUUUUCACAGUAGAGACACAUGUGAAGGCAGGACACCUGAGCUUUCACCUCCUGGGCCCGUGGAGCAGAGGAGGAAGGAUGAGUCUAGCCAGGAUCCUGAGGGCACAAUCAUGGCCAUGUGCUCUGAGCGUGAUUGAGAGCUCUCAAUACACCAUCUCUGCAUAGACAA